AUGUUCAGGACGCUGCUCGUGGCAGCGCUUGCUGCUGUGAGCGCUUGCUACACCACACCAAACGCUACCAACUCCACCACUACCACCUUCAAGAACCCAAUUCUUGACACCGUGGCCGCCGAUCCAUGGGUCUUCCGCCACGGUGACUACUACUACAUGACCUACACAAAUAACGAAAACAUCACCCUUCAACGUAGCAAAGUGCUCACGGACUGGAACAACGCAGAAUUCAAAUUGCUCUUCAAGCCGCCUCCAGGUAUGAACUACUCCACAGAUCUCUGGGCACCAGAGCUCCAUGGUCUGGACGGCAACUGGUACAUCAUCUUCACUGCAGAUCCGCGCAACGAUUCUCCGCCGCCUGAAACGGACAUGUGGUGCGAGUACAACUGCCCGGCCGUAAACCAUCGCAUGUAUGUGGUCGAGGGCAUUGGCGCCGACCCAUGGACUGCCUCCUACACCUACAAGGCAGAGCUCAAUACAUAUGACCAAUUCUCGAUUGAUGGCACAUACUUCCAGCACAACGAUCAACUGUACCACAUCUACUCCUGUUGGUAUCGAAAGUAUGACGGCUGGCCGGCCAAUCUCUGCAUCACUAAGAUGUCAACCCCCUGGACAGUAUCCUCACCCUUCACGGACCGCCAGAUCAUCUCCACACCAGAGUACGCCUGGGAGAAGACACCGUUCGGCCGCGCAAGCAACGACCGUCUCUCCUCCAACGAGGGACCCCAGCAGCUCAUCAAUCCAGAGACGAAGCAGAAUUUCCUCAUCUUCAGUGCCGCACGCUCGGAUAACCGCAAUUACUGCCUCGCGCAGCUGGAGCUGGUCGGCGACGAUCCGAUGAACCCGAGCGACUGGCGCAAGCAUCCGUACCCUGUCCUCUAUCAAAAUCCGGGCGCGGAGGCGUAUGGCGUCGGUCAUGCGAGCUUCACGACCAGUCCAGAUGGGAAGGAGGAUUGGAUUGUAUAUCACGGCAUGCAGGAUCCGACCAAUGGGUGGGGCGCAAGGACGAUUCGCGCGCAGAAGUUUACGUGGAACGAGGACGGGACACCGAACUUUCCCAAGCCUGGAUAUGGACCCUAUCAGAUUCCCAGCGGCCAGUAG